UCGUUUUUUUAUACAAGCUUUGAACGUCACAUCACUAGUAAAACCUGUUGACUCACACGCGCCCUAAAGGGCGUGUAGGGUGUGGCAGGCUCGUGUUUUGAAUCCUGAUUUUAAGUACAGGCUGAACUGCUGAGGAGCGAUUGGAUCACUCAAACGGCAAGAUGACUUCAUACUUGUGGAUUGUACUUCUGGCAAGUCUUGUGGCAACAAAAGCGCAAGAUUUGGACCUCUUUGAUGCUCUUGAUGAUGAUAAGCCAUCUACAAAACCACCAGUGAAACCUGUCCCACCAAAAAACUCAAAUACAGAUCCAAAGAACCCAUCUGGAGAUCCAAAAAAAACAUCUGAAGAUGGCUUUGAUUUAUCUGAUGCAUUGGGUCCAGACACUGAACCUAAAAAACCUGUGGUGAAACCACCCCAGGACAGUGGAACUGGUGGUAAAAAUUUGGAUGACAAAGACCUGUUUGAUGUGAAUAAUGGUGACUACAAGCCAGAUGGAGGCCGAAGUGGAGGGCGUGGAUCAGACCCUGGUUAUGAAGGUGGUGCCUCUGACCAACCUCAAGAGGGAGGCGGAGCCCUUGCUGCCAUCAUCAGCUCUGUGGGCGUUGCUCUUCUUGGUGCUGCCUCAAGUUACUUUGCAUAUCAGAAGAAGAAACUAUGUUUUAAAGUACAAGGCGGACAAGACCCAGAGAGUGGCAAAAACCCACAUGGUGGUGCUUCUGAUAAUCCCGCUCUUUCCAACCUGCUCAGUUCAUCCUAAUUUGGAGUCAGAUAUGCCAAAUGAAAAAAAAAUAUGCAUAAUGAACAGCUAUGAAGAGUCUUACUCUAUGGGAAAACAACAGUAUGUCAAAAGCUGUUUAACUUUAGUGUGUUCACAAUCCUUGUGUUUAUGUGUGGGUGUUUUUUUUUUUUGGUAAUAACUGUAUCUUACUUUGAUGUAUUUUUGUUUUCAUGAGUUGCUGUUAUUUUAAAAAAAAUAAAGUUGAAUUAGCUUAAAGUCGCAAUGAAAUUGAAAUGAAAAACUAUAUAUAUUUUUUUAAUAUUGUGGUAUUAUUAACAAAUGACUUAUCUGUGAGCUUCAUUAUUUUUUAAAAAUUCGAUUGUGCUCAUAAUCUUUAAUCAAAAAUGCAAAUCUCCUCCCCUCCUCAAAACGAUCUCAUUUCACUUCCGGUCAAAAGUAUGGCAGGUGGGCGGGGUCCGGGAGAAGAUCGCAGAGAUUAGCAAUUAGCAACACGACCCAACUUCAAACGAUCCAAUCAGAUCUCGAUGGACAAAUUCAAAUCCAGCCCUGCCUUAUUUCAUCUCAAAAGCCGUUUCAUUCGGAUAUACGUCACCACGGGGGGAAAUAAGGCAAUCGCUACUUCCGUUUCAUGGCAAUUUUAAAUUAUUUCAACUUUGUUUUUAUAAUUUAUAGCAACACUUUACUACUCAAGAAAGUUUAAGUUAAUUGCAACAAUGAAAUUUUACAGUGGAACCAUGGAAGCAACACCAGCUCUUUUUUUGUCUUUGUUCAUUAGGCAUGUUAUAUAAAAAUGCUUUUACUAGGAAUUAGAUUAUAGCACAUGUUUGUAAAAAACAUGUCCCGGGUAGACAAAAGUACAUGGUAGGUUUGAAAAACACUGGCUAGAAUGUGAUUUUGUUUUAAAAAUGUUGCCUAAAGCACAAUGCCAUGAUUUUAAAAUGAAAACCAUUUUGUUAUUGUAAAUACUGGUAGAGUAAGAACUGAUCAUUUUUCAAGCGGUUAAUAUACUGUUAAAUUGCAUUCAGUGCAUUUAGCAUAGAUUGUUACUGGUUUAAAUUUCAGUGUACGAUUCACUAAAGUGAACCCCUAAAUACAAACUCACAACCUUUUUUUUGUUUAGUUUUGUUUUUUUGUUUAAAUUGUUUAAAUAUUUUAAUUUUCCACGAAAUAAAGCAAUUGUCCAUCCCUGAA